AUGUACAACCGGGAGCAGCCGCCGCCGCCGCAGGCCCAGCAGCAGCUCAUGGCGCCGCCGCGGAUGUCCUUCUCCAGCGACUUCGCGCUGGAGCCGCCGCCGCCGCCGAGGCCGCCGGGCCGCGCGGACGCGGACUUCGAGUUCUCGCCGGCGGGCAACCGGCCCAUGAUGGACGCGGACCAGCUCUUCUCCAAGGGCCGCAUCCUGCCGCUGCGGGAGGCCGCGCCGCGGCCACCGACGACCCUGCGCGACGAGCUGCGCGCGGCGCCGGACGCCGCCGACCGCGGCCGCCGCGGGCCUGCACGGUGGAAGGAGCUGCUGGGGCUGAAGAGCCGGGCGCACGCGCAGAAGAAGGGGGCCGCCGGGGCAGCAGCCGCGUCCGCCGCUGACGCUCACGUGGAUCUUGGAGAGCACGGAGAGGCAGGAGAGUGA